GGGCCAUGGCGCCGGCUGGCCUGAAGGCGGUCGUGGGCGAGAAAAUCCUGAAUGAUGUCAUCCGUAGCAUGAAGAAAGAUGGCGAAUGGAAGGUACUCAUUAUGGAUCAUCCCAGCACACGCAUUGUCUCAUCCUGUUUUAAGAUGUCAGACCUCCUGGCCGAAGGAAUCACAAUUAUCGAAGAUAUUAACAAACGCCGAGAGCCCCUCCCCAGCCUCGAAGCCAUCUAUUUGCUCAGCCCCAUCGAGCCGUCAAUUCGCGCUCUGAUAAAUGACUUCAAAGGCAGUCCCACCUUCUCGUACAAGGCCGCUCAUGUCUUCUUCACUGACACCUGCCCAGAGAACCUCUUUAAUGAACUGGGCAAGUCUCGAAUCAUCAAAGCCAUUAAAACUCUUAAGGAAAUCAAUGUUGCUUUCCUUCCCUAUGAGUCACAGGUGUACUCCCUGGACAAUCCCCAGAGUUUCCACAAUCUCUUCAGCCCAUACUGCAGAGAAGAUAAGAACAAUCAACUCGAGAGGAUGGCAGAACAAAUUGCCACGUUAUGUGACACUUUGAAGGAGUACCCCUCGAUUCGCUACAGAAAUGGCUCUGAAGAUUGCUGUCUGUUAGCCCAUGCAGUGCUGGCCAAGCUGAAUGCAUUCAAAGCGGACAACCCCACCAUGGGAGAGGGCCCUGACAAAUCUCGCUCUCAGCUCCUGAUUGUGGAUCGGAGCUAUGAUGUAGUAUCUCCUCUUCUGCAUGAGCUUACUUUCCAGGCCAUGGCCUAUGACCUGCUUAACAUUGAGCAGGACACUUACAGAUACGAAUCUACGGGUAUCAGCGAUGCACGGGAAAAAGUGGUGCUUCUGGAUGAGGACGAUGACCUAUGGAUGCAGCUUCGACACAUGCACAUUGCUGAUGUAUCCAAGAAAGUGACUGAGCUCCUACGUACCUUUUGUGAGAGCAAGAGACUCACCACGGACAAGGCCAAUAUCAAGGACUUAUCGCAGAUCCUGAAGAAGAUGCCCCAGUAUCAGAAAGAGCUCAACAAGUAUUCCACACAUCUGCAUCUGGCAGAGGACUGUAUGAAUACCUUCAAGGGCACUGUGGAGAAGCUCUGUGGUGUGGAGCAGGACCUAGCCACAGGUACAGAUGUGGAUGGAGAGAAGGUCAAAAAUCCCAUGAAGAAUAUUGUGCCGAUUGUCCUGGAUCCCAGUGUUUCAGCAUUUGACAAAAUUCGAAUUAUCCUACUUUGCGUCUUUCUCCAGAAUGGCAUCAAUGAGGAGAACCUUAUGAAGCUCAUCCAGCAUGCCAACAUCCAGCAGGAGAGAGAUGUCCUCUACAACAUGCACUGCCUGGGUGCCCCCAUCAUGCCAGAGGACAGUGGGCAAAUGAAACCUGUGAGGAAAGUGAGGUUGGAACCCACCUACCAGCUCUCUCGAUGGAUCCCUGUUCUUAAGGACGUCAUGGAGGAUGCCAUUGAAGACAAGCUGGACAAGAAGUUGUGGCCUUACGUAUCUUGCCCUGCCCCGGGCCCCUGCUCUCAGGCUGCUGUGAGUGCCCGCUUUGGUCACUGGCACAAGACCAAGACAGCAACCGAGUACCGUACAGGACCCCGCCUCAUUUUCUACGUGGUAGGGGGAGUUACCAUGUCAGAGAUGCGCUGUGCCUAUGAAGUCACGGAGGCCACUGAUGGCAAGUGGGAGGUUCUGAUUGGCUCAUCCCACAUCCUGACACCCAAGCAGUUCCUGGAAGAUGUGCGUAACCUGACUGAGCAGACUCCACUGAAGUCCUAAGGGGAUCUCUGGCUCCUAAAGAGACUCGCUGACAGCAGCUCUACUUAUUUAUAUGCUGGGAUAAAGUUGUUCUCAACCAGA